GUGCUGCAGCGGCCCUGGAGGGGGGCCCGGCCUCGGGUCCUGAGAAAUGACCUGCCUGGAACCACCAUUUUCCAUCCCGGUCCCCACCCCGGGCCCACCCAUCCGGCCCUGGGGGACCGGCCACAGCUGCGGCUGAGUUGGGGCCAGGGACCUCGCCAAAAAGGGAAAUUCCCGCGGAGAAAGAGAUGCUGCCUCAGAGUAGUGGACAGAAUGGGGAGGGGGCCCACAGUGCCAGGGGGCGUAACGAUGCCAGAGCCGACCCGAGAUGCGAUGGGGGAGGAGUACCCCGGAGCUCCCGCUGCAGGGAAGCGAAGCACUGUCUCGAGCAUUCCCGCUGCAGCGGGUCGGGGACCCUGGCAGCAACAACUCGAGGGCACAGGAAACCGGAGGGCGCUGCUAGAGGACGGCCGUGCCUAUAGGAGUGGACAUGGUCCUGUGAACUCUCACUCCAAAAGUACUCUCUAAAGGGUCGUUGCAGGAGCCUGAGCCAGUAGAGGACUGUGUGCAGAGUACUCUAGCGGCCCUUUACCCACCUUUCGAGGCAACAGCCCCCACACUGCUGGGCCAAGUGUUCCAGGUGGUGGAGAGGACUUAUCGGGAGGACGCGCUGAGAUACACACUGGACUUCCUGGUGCCUGCCAAGCACCUGCUCGCCAAGAUCCAGCAGGAAGCCUGUGCCCAGUACAGCGGUUUCCUCUUCUUCCACGAGGGCUGGCCCCUCUGCCUGCAUGAGCAGGUAGUGGUGCAGCUGGCCGCCCUCCCCUGGCAGCUGCUGCGCCCGGGAGACUUCUACCUGCAAGUGGUACCCUCAGCAGCCCAAGCACCCCGCCUGGCACUCAAGUGCCUGGCCCCAGGGGGUGGGCGAGUGCAGGAGCUGCCUGUGCCUAAUGAGGCUUGUGCAUACCUGUUCACACCUGAGUGGCUACAAGGCAUCAAUAAGGACAGGCCCACAGGUCGCCUCAGCACCUGCCUCCUGUCUGCGCCCUCUGGGAUUCAGCGACUGCCUUGGGCUGAGCUCAUCUGCCCUCGAUUUGUGCACAAAGGAGGCCUCAUGGUUGGACAUCGGCCAAGCACACUACCCCCAGAACUGCCCUCUGGGCCCCCGGGGCUCCCCAGCCCCCCACUCCCUGAGGAAGCCUUGGGCACCCGGAGUCCCGGGGACGGGCACAAUGCCCCCGCUGAAGGACCUGAGGGCGAGUAUGUGGAGCUGCUGGAGGUGACACUGCCUGUGAGGGGGAGCCCCAUGGAUGCUGAAGGCUCCCCCGGCCUCUCCCGGACCCGGACAGUACCCACACGCAAGGCUGCUGGAGGGAAGGGCCGGCAUCGGAGACACCGGGCGUGGAUGCACCAGAAGGGUCUGGGGCCUCGGGACCAGGAUGGAGCCCGGCCGCCUGGUGAGGGGAGCAGCACUGGAGCCUCCCCUGGGUCUCCCCCGGGAGCUGAGGUUGAGGCUCUCCCAGAGGCAGCAGCCCUGGAGGUAGCUGAGCCCCCGGCAGAGGCACUGGGAGAAGCCUCUGAGUCUUGCCCUCUGAGGCCAGGGGAGGUUGGAGCAGGACCAGGCCAGGGGGCCGAAGGGCUGCCUGGUACCCCUCGGAGAACAGGCAAAGGAAACAGGAGAAAGAAGCGAGCUGCGGGCAGAGGGGCUCUUAACCGAGGAGGGGACAGUGCCCCAUUGAGCCCUGGGGACAAGGAAGAGACCAGCCACCAGGAAACCCUUGUCAGCCUGCCCCCACCAAACGAACACGAGCUUCCAGGAUGCAGCCCAGUUAAGGAGGAACAUGAAGGUUCCGGGAAACCAGAACAUGAAUCAAGAGAGGAGCUCAAACUAGAAGACGAAAAAGAGCCUCGGUCCCAAGAAGUCUGCAAGCCUGUAGAAGAAAGCGCCAGAGAAAGAGAACAGGAGGGGCUAAGCCUGGUGUGCGUGGCAGCGCCCGACGAUCCAGAAGGGCUCCUCUCCGACCCCCUAAAACCAUCCCCAGAGACUGUGCAAGAAGUGAAAGGGGAGAGCGUUCCGGAAGAAGGCCCCCCAGUCUCCAUCUCUGAUGACCCUGGUGCAGCUUGGGACUUAAUGGCAUCUGGAUUCCUCGUCCUGACUGGAGGGGUGGACCAGAGUGGGCGAGCUCUGCUGACCAUUACCCCACCGUGCCCUCCCGAGGAGCCCCCACCCUCCCAAGACGUGCUGAGCACUGCUCUUCAUUACCUUCACUCACUGCUCAGACCUGAUCUACAGAUAUUGGGGCUGUCUGCCCUGCUGGAUCUUCGCAAGGCACCCCCACUGCCUCCAGCUCUCAUUCCUGUCCUGAGUCAACUUCAGGACUCGGGAGACCCUCCCCUCAUUCAGCGGCUCUUGCUUCUCACUCUUGAUGAGCCUCCAGCUGAACUCCAUGGACUUCAGGGUGCUGAGUUGCUAUCAGAGGGUGAUCUGAAAAGAGUGGCCAAGCCAGAGGAGCUGCAGUGGGACUUGGGAGGUCACAGGGAGCCCUCUCCCAGUCACUGGGUAGAGACACACCAGCAAGUGGCAAGGCUGUGCCGCCUGUGCCGAGGCGUGCUGGGCUCUAUACGGCAAGCCAUUGAGGAGCUAGAGAGAGCAGCAGAGUCAGAGGGAGAGGAGGUGAUAGGAAUGCCUGAGCCCCUGCAGAAGGUACUGGCAGAUCCCCGGCUGACGGAACUGCAGAGGGACGGAGGAGCCAUCCUGAUGAAGCUGCGCUCCACCCACAGCAGCAAGCUGGAAGGCCCAGGUCCAGCUGCACUGUAUCAAGAGGUAGAUGAAGCCAUUCACCAGCUCGUGCGCCUCUCCAAUCUGCACGUGCAGCAGCAGGAGCAGCGGCAACGCUCGCACCGACUGCAGCAGGCACUGCAGUGGCUCUCGGGCCCCGGAGAGGAGCAGCUGGCGAGCUUUGCCGUGCCUGGGGACUCCCUGCCUGCCCUGCAGGAGACAGAGCUACGGUUCCGGGCUUUCAGUGCUGAGGUUCAGGAGCGCCUGGCUCAGGCAAGGGAGACUCUGGCCCUGGAAGAGGACGCUGCCUCCCAGAAGCUUCUGGAUGUCUUUGAACAGCGCCUGGAGCAGGUGGAGAGUGGCCUCCAUCGGGCUCUGCGGCUACAGCGCUUCUUCCAGCAGGCACACGAAUGGGUGGACGAAGGUUCUGCGAGGCUGGCAGGAGCAGGACCAGGGCGGGAGGCGGUGCUGGCAGCCUUGGCCCUGCGGCGCGCCCCAGAGCCCAGCGCUGGCACCUUCCAGGAGAUGCGGGCCCUGGCCCUGGACCUGGGCAGCCCAGCAGCCCUGCGAGAAUGGGGCCGCUGCCGGGCCCGCUGCCAAGAGCUGGAGAGGAGGAUUCAGCAACAGCUGGGGGAGGAGGCGAGUCCCCGGGGCCAACGGCGACGACGGGCAGACAGUGCCAGCAGCGGAGGGGCCCCGCGGGGCCCCCACAGCCCUUCACCCAGCCUCAGCUCCCUGCUGCUCCCCAGCAGCCCUGGGCCACGGGCAGCCCCGUCCCACUGCUCCCUGGCCCCCUGUGGGGAGGACUAUGAGGAGGAGGGUGCUGAGAUGGGUCCGGAAGCAGAAGGCAGACCACCAAGGACUGUGCUGAUCCGAGGCCUGGAGGUCACCAGUACGGAGGUGGUAGACAGGACGUGCUCACCCCGGGAACACGUGCUGCUGGGCCGGGCCGGGGGACCAGAAGGGCCCUGGGGCGUGGGCACCCCCCGGAUGGAGCGCAAGAGGAGCAUCAGCGCCCAGCAGCGUCUGGUGUCUGAGCUGAUUACCUGUGAGCAAGAAUAUGUGGCGGCCUUGAGUGAGCCGGUGCCACCCCCGGGGCCUGAGCUGACCCCAGAAUUGCGGGGCACGUGGGCCGCUGCCCUGAGCGCCCGGGAGAGGCUCCGCAGUUUCCACCGGACACACUUUCUGCGGGAACUUCAGGGCUGCACCGCCCACCCCCUGCGCAUUGGGGCCUGCUUCCUUCGCCAUGGGGACCAAUUCAGCCUUUAUGCCCAGUACGUGAAGCACCGGCACAAACUGGAGACCGGUCUGGCUGCCCUCAGUCCCCCAACCAAGGGCACCUUGGAGGGGGGCCCUCACCUGCCCCGGGCCUUGCAGCAGCCCCUGGAGCAGCUGGCCAGGUAUGGGCGGCUCUUGGAGGAGCUCCUAAGGGAAGCUGGGCCUGAGCCAAGUUCUGAGCGCCAGGCCCUUGGGGCCGCUGCGCAGCUGCUCCAGGAACAAGAGAUCCGCGGCAGAGACCUGCUGGCUGCAGAGGCGGUGCGAGGCUGUGAGAUAGAUCUGAAGGAGCAGGGACAACUCCUGCAUCGGGACCCUUUCACAGUCAUCUGUGGCCGAAAAAAGUGCUUUCGUCAUGUCUUUCUCUUUGAGCAUCUCCUCCUGUUCAGCAAGCUCAAGGGCCCUGAGGGGGGAUCAGAGACCUUCGUUUACAAGCAGGCCUUUAAGACUGCCGACAUGGGGCUAACAGAAAACAUCGGGGACAGUGGGCUCUGCUUUGAGUUGUGGUUUCGGCGGCGGCGUGCACGAGAGGCGUACACCCUGCAGGCAGCCUCACCAGAGAUCAAACUCAAGUGGACAAGUUCUAUUGCCCAGUUGCUGUGGAGACAGGCAGCCCACAACAAGGAGCUCCGAGUGCAGCAGAUGGUCUCCAUGGGCAUUGGGAAUAAACCCUUCCUGGACAUCAAAGCACUUGGGGAGCGGACACUGAGUGCCCUGCUCACUGGAAGAGCCGCCCGCACCCGGGCCUCGGUGGCCGUGUCAUCCUUUGAGCAUGCCGGCCCCUCCCUUCCCGGUCUCUCCCCGGGAGCCUGUUCCCUGCCUGCCCGCGUCGAGGAGGAGGCCUGGGAUCUGGACGUCAAGCAAAUUGCCCUGGCCCCAGAAACACUUGACUCUUCUGGAGAUGUGUCCCCAGGACUGAGAAACAGCCCCAGCCUGCAACCCCCACACCCUGGGAGCAGCACUCCCAUUCUGUCCAGUGGAGGGAUCUUAGGGCUAUCCCGCCAGAGCCAUACCCGGGCCCUGAGCGACCCCACCACGCCUCUGUGACUGGAGAAGAUCCGGAGCUUGGCUACCGUCCCUCCUCUCGGCACACUUUGGGCUGGGAUGCUGAGGGCACAGAGUGGAGGACUGGAAGAGCACUGAAGUCCUUCCCUCUGCUUCCUGGACAGAGAGGAGGUCAAAGGACUAGUAUGUUUCCCUGCUACCACUGUCUCUAGCUCUUCCCAGCCAGGUGCCUUCCUCCAAGAACCAGAGUAUCCACACUUGCUUGCCUUUAUACCCUGGAGGUGGGGAAAUUUUCCCCCGUCCAGUCCUUCCCCAUCCGGGGCCAGUGCAUACUCCCAGGACACCGCUCCGUGUCAGCCCUGCCUCCAUAGCCUGUGUUCUCCCCUCAUGCCGCCCCUGACUCUUCCUGAGAAGACUCAUCUCUGCCAGUUCCUGGCAACUCCGUUCUUGGGGGCGGGGGGGCGGGGGUCAUAGGACAUGGAGCUAUGCAAACCAUUACAGAAGAGUGGGGCAGGGAACUGCAAACUUUAUAUAUGUAAUUACUGUUAUUAUAAUACUAUUGUUAUAUUAAAUAUAUUUACUCACA